GCCGAGGAUGCACAGGAUAAUGUCCCAGCUUGCCUCGGGCUCUGCGCGCCAUGUCCGGCGGUCUUCGCCCGCGGUUUGGCGAGCACUUAGUUCGCGAAGCCUCCACAACCGUGUUCCGCCGCCGUACAAGGUCGAAGAUGGUAUGGGAGACUUUUUGCCGCCAGCAGCUCUCACGAUGAUUGCGGAGGACUACCAGCAAGGUCUCUUAGAUAGGCUCAAUGAGGGAAUUAAGGACACUCCUCAACGGACUAAAAGUGUGACUCAGACCGUGAUUGAGGCUGCUCAAGAUCCAAGCAAGGUUCUCAUGUUCAAUUACGCAAGCGAGGCGUUGAACAACUCGUUCUUCCUACGAUGUCUUAAACCGCCACAACACGGUCUACCUAACCACGAAGAUGACAUCACCCCGUACUUCGGUGCAGCAUUCCGCCAAGACUAUGGAAGCCUUACGCAGCUCAAGUCCACAUUCAGCGCGACCGCCAUGGGCAUUUUUGGUUCCGGCUGGGUAUGGCUUGUUUGCGACCAAACGGGCCAGCUCGCCGUCGUUCCGACUUUCGGAGCAGGCACCCUGUUGGUCCGCUCUCAAGAACGCCUCCAAGCGCGACUCAAAAUUUCGGAUGCCGUUAUAGGCGAGGCCCCAAUCGUAGGGCGGCCCCGUACCAUCCCGGGCGUGAAACCUUCUGGACAACCCGCACCUUCGUCACCUGCGUCAGGUGUAUCAUCGCAGCAGCCGCCAGUGCAUCCGCCAACUCAGACACGCCAGUUGUCGUCGUCAGCACUCAGUGCUUUCGACCUCCCGGGCUUCAAGGCUGCAGGUCUCAACGACAAGGGAGGUAGGGGGCCGCUUGGCGAUGUACUCUUCCCGCUCCUCUGUAUAUCUGUGCACGAACACGCGUGGGUCAGCGCGGGAUACGGUGUUUGGGGCAAAGAGGAGUACAUGAAGCGAUUCUGGAGCGUUGUCAACUGGAAGCAGGUCAGCGAGCACUACGAGACAUAUGUGCCGAACACACUGGCGUCACUUGAGGGAUUUUAGAGGUCUCGAGAGCGGGAAUCAAGAGCAUCGCCCCGCGGCGGGACGACUAGAGGAGUUGCAGCAUAUCAUUGCUCGGUCAUUCCAUUCGCUACUAGCUUACCUACCAACGUACAUCCUAAAAAGUAGUAUUUUAAUGCUUAACGUUUGUCGGUGUUAGGUUAGGGUU